AUGAGCAGCUCUACCAUGGAUCAGUUGGAGAAAGCCCACAAGGCGGGUGUUGUACUCGGUCUUGCUGGUUUCGGCACAGGACAGCGCCUUGAUAUCGACGUCAUGCUGACAGAGCAGCCCGAUACCUUCAAUCUUUACCUUAUCGCCUUGAUGGAACUCCAAGGAAUGAAGAACUUGCCUUGGCCGACCCCUGAAGGCUAUUCCUUCCAAGAUGGGACCCAGGUGGACUUGAAAAUGUCCUGGUUCCAACUUACCGGCAUUCAUGGACAACCCGUGACUAAAUGGGAUGGUGAGGGGCCGCGGGGAUACUAUUGUACCCAUAGUAAGCCGCAUUUCGGAACCUGGCACCGUCCGUAUUUGGCAAUGAUGGAGCAAACCCUCUUUCGCCAAGUAGCCAAUGUCGCCAAGCGAUUCUCUGAGUCGGACAUACCUGACGAACAGAAGAAGAAAUAUCUUGCUGCUGCUCAGAAGUUCCGUCUUCCGUACUGGGACUACUUUCGUCCCCGAGCGUACACCAAGACUACCUUCCCGGGAGUCACAAACCCCGAAGAUGGCACAACAAACGCUCCCUAUGACUGGGGUGCUCCGCAAAUAUUCACAAUGCCCGAGGUCAUGGUCAAGCGUCUUCCAGAUAAUGAACUUAUUUCUUUGCCAAACCCCUUUUUCCAGUUCCAGUUCAGCCCUGAACAACUCAACAAGAUUUCAGUUGAUAAUGCCCCGGGGACAACACUUGAGCCACAUUUCAAGAGCAUCCUUAAGACAAUCCGGUACGGGGGAUCCAGUGCUGAAGCCAUGGAGAAGAUGAAUGAGCAGUUGAACCUAAAACGCGAAGAUCGGAUUCGCAUGUGCCUCGCUUUAAUGGAAGACGAGGUUUACAGAAACUUUGGAGCGUUUGCAACCAACGCGGUCUUUCCGAAGCCCAAUGAGAAACCCAAAGCAACGCUUGAAAGACCUUCCGGCUCUAUCGAAAGUUUUCACGGUGCAUAUCACGUCACGAUCGGUGGUGACGGACACAUGGGCUCCAUCGCCUCGGCUGCCUUUGAUCCGAUUUUCUGGAUGCAUCAUUGCCAAAUUGACAGACUGUUCGCCAUCUGGCAGGCUGCCAACGGCGAUGAGCACUGGUUCAAUGAGCUUCCAAAGGAUGAACAGGGAUUCGCCACGAUCGACCUGACGCCGUUCCGCAAAUCAGUUUCGGAGACCAACAAGAAGACGUACUGGACCUCCAACCUGUCUAGGAGAACCACGGACUUCGGCUACACGUACCCGGAUUUGGCCAAUGGACAGACAGGGGACACGGUUCGUAAGGAAUUCAGGGAAAAGUAUGAAUGGGCUCGACGAACCACCGCUAAGCCCUUUCUUGGCACACCCCCGGAUAAUAUGCGGCCUAUACAAGUCGGAGGCGCCCCAGUCUUCGAUUACAAGCACAGCACCUCGUCUGGAGAUCUUUUCAAGCAUCCUGGCGAACCCGUGGAUGAGAUUCAACAGCAUAUUGCCAUGGCCGCAAUGUCAUCUAACCCGCAGUAUGCAGACGACUGGUACAUCGAUAUCGUGGUCGAGAGAAUGCUCGCUGAUGGGACCUUCACCAUCUACUACAUCAUCGGCGACGUCCAAGGGCAGACCGGUCAAGAGUGGUCGACUCUCCCUGGCUUUGCGGGCGUGUCCCAUAUCUUAGCCGCGCCCGCCAAUGUAUGCGAUAAUUGCGCCAGUCAAGAAGAGCAACGACAGCUUGUGACCAGCACGACUCCGAUUACUUCGCUGCUCCUCGACUAUGUCCAGAUUGGAAAGUUGAGCAACAUGGAUGAGGACAACGUCAAGGAGUUCCUUAUUAAGAAUUUGAAGUGGCGAGUUCAGACUAUAGCUGGUGAGGUCCUCAAUCCCAGGGAUAUGGACAGGGACCACACUUUCAACCUCAGCAUUAGUCGCAAGCGGACUCCAGUGCCACGCAGCGCAGGUGAUGUAAAGUAUGACACUUACCCCGAGGUCAUCGAGGCUAUUAUCAGAAACUCCUCCUAG